CUUAAAUUACAGUAGAGUAAGAUUUUACUCAUUAAUAAAUUAAUUGGUUAAUUUCUCUCGAAAUAUUUUUUGCUGUUUGGUCAAAUAUUUUGACAUAAAAACCAAUUGAUUAAUUAAAGUAUUUACUAGCUUAUCAAAAUAUAAUCCUGCAAUGGAAACUUUUGUUGAAAUAGAAAAGCUGUACUCGUGGAUAGAAGGUAUCCCUCUCUCAAAACCAAAAAAGAAUCUGUCAAGGGAUUUCGCAGAUGGAGUUUUGAUGGCUGAAGUCUGUAAGCACUUUUUUCCAAAAAUUGUGGAUUUGCACAACUACCCUGUAGCCAAUAGCCACACUGGGAAGGUAGCAAACUGGGAAACACUCAAUAUGAAGGUGUUUAAAAAACUGCAGAUGAAAGUAACUUCAGACCUGAUCCACCAGAUAGCAGCAGGGGUACCUGGGGCGCUGGAGUCUGUUCUGCUCGCCGUCAAACAGAAGGCAGAGAACAAGACCCAAAGUAAUGGUAACACAGGUCGUUGGGUAAAGUCAGCCAGUGGUGAACCAGCGCCAAAACUAACGGCAAAUACUGAGAUAAUGAAAGAGAUCAAACAACUGAAAAGCGAUAUUCACCUAUUAAACAACACUGUUGCGGUACUGCUAGAAAAGAUCCACCGACUAGAGAACCUUCUGGAGAUAAAAGAUGAGUAUCUAAAAGAGUUGACAGCUGAUGUUUAUGAGUUAAAAGCAAGGAAAUACAAUUCAAUAGAAAGUUUUUGCUCCGUUUCCGCAUAGUCAGGAAUAAAUUUUUUAUUAUUGUUU